GAUGCAUCUUUGAGGUUUGCUGGAUCGUACCUCAAUACCGUGCAAGAAAAUUACAAAAUAAACGACUAACGAAAAAGUAUUCAGCAUACAACCCCGAGAUGCAGGAGAUUAUCCGCUCCGAAUUCAAGUACCGCCGCCAUCAUCACGGUUGCCCAUAGACUAUCCAGUUUUCGGAACUUUGAUCAUGUUGCGGUGUCGAAUACGGGUCGUCUCGUGGAAUUCGGAAAGCUGGGAGAUUUGUUAGAGAUUCCCACUACUAAUUUCUCAAGGUUGUACGGAGCAAAGGCUCGAUGCUAUAUUGGCUACGGAGCGUAUGAGACAUUGCUUCUUGCCGAUUGAGUCACUAAUGUUCCUCGCGCCAACAACUGCUUCUGGGUUACACCAACCACAUAUCACUAUCAAUUCACCUAUAUUGCGCAUGUUGGGAACCCUAUCUAUAAUCGAGACGGCUCUUAUACCUAGAGACCGACUUUCUAUGACGAAGUGCACUUCUCUCGUGUGUCAAUCUGUCGGAGCCUGCACUUGAUAGGAUUUUGUCUAGAGCUAGUCGGAAUGUUAGUGUCACAUCGGGACAAAGGGAGGUGGUGAGAGUAAUCAGCUCGCGCUUUAUCUCCCACUGUAGGUAUUGCGCGUACGCGUGCAUGGUUUCGUGAACUUUGCUCCACCAGCCUCGGCUUGUCAACAGGGAGCGCAAGGUUGACUGCCUAUUCCAGCUCUAGCCGAUCUUAUCCAAGAAGAUCCCAGGCGGGCGGUAAGGAGUUUGUGUUGGAUAGUUAUCUCCGGCAUAACGGCCGUCAUUACAGCAUCCAUUGACAUGUCAUAUGUAGUACUGCGGUCGGAACUUCGGAACGAGCUUGUAGCUGUGUGUGUCAUUA